GAGUCUCCACUGGUCGUUCCUCUGCCCGCUGCGCGCAGUCAGUACCGGUCCAGCGACCGAUUUGGAGGGCUCUUUUGAACGUUCCCGAAAACGGCCGGAGAAAGGACGGAAAGGUAACGCUGGCAACAAGGGAAAGGAACGAUACGUCGAGAGAUCGCAAUGCGGACGAAACUGCAGCUCCUUUUGUUUGCCUUGCUGGUGGUGUGCCUUUUAGUGGACGUCUCGGCUAAGCAGCGGCGAAGAAACUCAAAGUAUCAUCGUCGUACGACCACGACGGAAGCCAGCGUUCAAGAUGAGGUCAUGAACAUGCUUGAGGCUGAUGAAAUAGCCGAGGAGGCAGCGGAGGAUGCUGAGGUCACCGUCGAAGAUGGCAGAAACGAGGUUGGAUCGAAGCGUCAGAGUUUGCUCCGUAUGGAUCCGUGCAUGCAUAAACACUGUGGCGCAGGACGAGUUUGCAAGACAAUCGACGAUGAAACUGCUGAAUGUGUCUGCGUGGAGAUAUGCGACGAAGAGGUCGAUCCUAGACGAAAAGUUUGCACGAAUCACAAUGAGACGUUUGGAAGCGAUUGCGAGGUCUACCAGGCGCGUUGCUUCUGCGACACCGGUGACGACAGAUGCAGAGGCCCUAAUUAUCAACACGUUCAUAUAGAGUACUAUGGUGAAUGCCGACAGAUGCCUGAAUGCAGAGAGGAAGACAUGGCUGACUUCCCAAGGCGAAUGCGCGACUGGCUUUUUAACAUCAUGAGAGAUCUCGCUGAUCGUCAGGAACUGCCAUCGCAUUAUCUGAAGAUGCAACGAGAGGCGGAAACGAAUCACACAUUACGCUGGACUAAUGCUGCCAUUUGGAAGUGGUGCGACUUAGACGGUCACCCCCAUGACAGGGCUGUUUCCAGGCACGAACUUUUCCCCAUUAAAGCACCUUUGAUGGCUCUUGAACACUGUAUCGCACCGUUUCUCGACUUCUGCGAUAUGAACAACGACCAUAAAAUUACCCUUAUCGAGUGGGGCAAAUGUUUACAGCUUGACGAGGAAGAUUUGGACGAUAAGUGCGAUGAGUUGGCUGAAGCGAAGAACUCGGACCAAUAAUAACUACGACAAAUUCCAACGAUAGCGGUAGUGGUUACGACGGGAUAAAUGAACGGAAGAGACAAAAAGGAGGGUAAACACACGAUGCACAGUACCAAUGAAAGGGCCAGGAAUGAGAAAAAUGGCGGGAAAAGUUGCAAGUAAACUACUGCACUCGACAAUGCGCAUGUCUGCGCAGAGACUCGUCGAUAUUGCAACCCAUCCGUGAUGGUCGUGCCAACCGCAGUUUUAGACAGUGUUCUCUAAUAAUGUAGAGAUGUGUACGUUAGAGACUACUCGCGAUAAUUCUAUAAUAAUUUUUUAAAAGCCUGGAAACCGUUUGUUGUCUUAUGAUGGUUAAAAUAGAAACGCGAUACACCUGCUCGUUUCCUCUCCCUGUAGUAUAAUCUUGAUAUUAUCCUCGUAGCAACAACGUACGUAUUUUCUAUAUAUAUAUACAUAUAUACAUACAUACAUACCUUUUGUAUAAAUUUAUUAUGUGACUGCCUUUCUAUCAAUAAAGAGUGAUACAGUUUCUUUCA